UAACUUAACAUUACGCGGCCAAUGUAGGAGCAGAACACCGCACAUCCACCGCUUAUGAAGUCCGGUACAGCUGUUGAUCCCGAGGUCGACUUGAAUGCCAUCGCUAAGGGCACAUGGACAGAUGAAAUGGGCGCCCAUUACAUCCGCAGGAUGAUGAAUACAAUUCGAGCGACGCCGAAAGUGACAUGUUGGACACUCUGUCGGAGUCUUCCAUUGAAGCGGGACCCCACAGCCCGCACAAGAGAGAGUUCUCUGAGGCAUUCGACGAGGACAUUGACAUGAAGGAUAAUCAGCUGUUCAGAAAUUCGAAACCAGAACAUGUCCUGCGUGCGUUCCUUGCGUUCUUGCCUUCGAGCGAGCGAUAUGCCUCUACUUCAUCGCCAGCACCAUCCGACGUUGAGUUGCCAUCACAAUACGGAAGUUGCGGGUGACAGAGUGCGAGAUAAGCUAGAGAUGAUCGCAUUCCUCCCCAGUACAGAUGGAAUGGGAGGAUGACCAGGGGUUCGGGCACUACGCCGCCAAGAAACCGAUGUGCUGAGCGAGGAGGCAUAGUAACGUUAGGAAGUCGGUGAAUGGUUUGAUGUUCUCCAAAGCUGCUUGAAUAGGAAAAACGUGCUCUUCGUGCGUUUGUCUUCGAAUACAAACUAUAGAUUGAUGUUCGCCGACCGUGACGGACAUGCUCGUUGCGACGUAGCUGCAAUGACCUUGUCUUGACAAUCUGCUAACACAUUUCCCGCAGGAUCUUCCCUCUACAAGAAUCGGCCUCAAAAACGGAGAACAGCAUCAAGGGACGUUGAAGAUUGUGAGCAGGCAAGGUCA